AUGAGCCAGAAAGGAAUGGAGUGGCCAGGUUUGAGCGCCGCGCUCGCUGGCUUCCUUCCACUCCGACCGGAUAUGAGGCACCUGGUCCCCGGAGCAGAAGGUCUCAUCUACACACCUACACCUUACAAGUACUCCUAUAUCAACCAAAAAAGUUUCGCUCUUGCUCUCGUUUUUGCAAUAAGUGCAGGUUUGUCUGCAUUGAUGUGGCUCACAAGCGCGUAUGAUAAUGCUAUACUAAAGUUAGUUUCAAUAAGAGAUGAUAUAGACACUGUUUUUGAAAACUGGCGGUACCCACCUACAAAACCAAGGCUUUUUGUUUAUAUUUUCAACUAUACCAAUUCUGAAAAGUUUCUAGAAGGAAAGGAGAUGCCAAAGGUUCAAGAAAUGGGGCCUUAUGUUUUCAGUGAAGAGAUGGAAAGGAUAAACGUUGUAUUUAAUCCAAAUAGCACUGUGACAUUCCAAGAAGUAAAGAGGAUUGAACCACUACCCAAUGAAUCAAACGGAACCUUUAAUGAUAUGGUAUGGGUACCAAAUAUACCAUAUUUGACAAUUGUAAAUGUUGCUUCUUCAGCAGAUUAUGCUGUUCAGACAGUAUUUUCUGUGUUUGGUUCGUCAUCAAAAGUAACACCAUUUCUAAAUGUUAGUGUAAAUGACUUUAUUUGGGGUAUCAGAGAUAAUUUUUUUGAAUCAUUAAGAAAAAUGAAGCAGUUUUUUGGAGAUGAGUCCUUGAAACCUUUUGGUUUUCUGGCGAAACGAAAAGGUUUUCAUCCAGACAUAAUUACAAUGAACACUGGAAAUAGAGAUCUAGAUACAGUUGGAAUAAUAACUCGUUGGAAUGGUGCUUCUAAAAUUGGAAAAUGGGGAAAUACUACUUGUGACAGCAUGGAAUCAACUGAUGGCUCAAUGUUUCCUGGUCGAUUAGUCAUGCGAGGAGAACCUUUAUAUGUUUAUGCUCACAGCAUGUGUCGUAGAAUACCUCUUCGUUUUAACAGAACAACAUUGAGUAAGGAUGGUUUUCCAGUUCAGCAAUAUAAUGUAGCUGAAGAUAUGUUUGACUACAGUAUUCCUGAAAAUUCAUGUUUUGAUUAUAAUGGAAAAUAUCCAAUGAAAGGAGUAUUUAGUAAUGCACCUUGUCAAAAUGGUGCCCCUAUUUACACAUCUUUUCCUCAUUUCUGGCAAGGUGAUGCUACAUUAAGACAGGAUGUUGAAGGAUUGAACCCUGACCCUAAAAAACACUACUCUUAUUUUCAGAUACAUGAGAAAUUAGGAAUAUGCUUGAGAGUGAGGACAAGAUUUCAACUUAACAUAGUUCUGAAGAAACCUAUCCAUGUCAAUGAGUUAUCAAAGCUGCCAAAAGAAGUUAUCUUACCAGUCGGAUGGUUAGAUUAUGAUUCAGGAGAUUUGUCUGAACCAUUUAUCAAUACAUUAUAUCAUCUAACCUAUACAGUUAGGAUUGUAGAAGAAGUUUUAAAGUGGUUACUCUUAUCAAUAACCAUUGGUUCAUUGACAUUUUUGCUCUUAGAAGUUAAAAAAUGUAUAAAGAAGUAA